AUGAUCGCCGUUAGUAGUCGCCGAUCGAUUCUCGCCAAGGAGCUGCCGCAAGAGCGAAGCCAAUCGAAAGAGCGCAUGAUUAGCCAAUCCAAAGUUGACUCACCCGAAGCUUCAAAAGGAGAAACUUUCGUCAAAAAGAGACCUGUCACCUCGAAACCGCUCGUCUAUUCGAUCUUCCCUCCUUUGUUGUUCCUGACAGUCAAUUUUUCAAUCUACUUAACCCUGCUGAUUCGAUGGGCCAACUCCGUCUACCCCAAAACACUCAUACCACCCGAAGAUCUCGUCAAAAAAGUUUGCGGUGGACUUGACACUUGGUUCCUUACUUUGUUAUUGAUUCUGCGAUUUUGGUUUGUGACUACGAACUUCUUUGUGAUUCGUCGUACGAAGAAUUCUUUCACACUGACCCUGACUAUCCAGCUCGCUACUAUAACAACCGAUCUUCUGAUGAUUGUGGUGGUAUUCAACUUUUUGUUUCGAGGAUGCAAUCAAUCCAUGGUUCCUUUGAUCGUUAUCUGGUUACAAGUGGGUCUACAAAUUCUAUGGUUCGCCUACAUGUACUACUGGUUCGCUCAUCUAAACCAAAUCCUAAAUAGCAUCAGAAAUCCGUCUGCCACAUCGACGUUUACAAAGAAAGGCCAAGAACUGCACAAUGUCAAAACCGAGAAUACCCAAUCAAAUGGAUCAAAACGAGUAGUUCGGCCAAUGCCGACGUCAACACCGAUACAAAUGCCUAAAGAAUACGAGAGGAACGAA